GCCCCACGGCACCCACGCGCGGGUUGGCCACCCGCACCCCACACGCGUGGGGCUGGGAGAAGGCAGCGGCGGCCACGACAGGAGCCGGGCCCAUGGCGGAGGACGGGGACGCGGAGGGGGCGGCGGAGCCGGGCCGGGACCCCCCGGACGGAUGGGCCGCGGUUGGCGAGGCUGCCCGCGCCCCCCUGCCUGCUGGGGGCCCCCCUGCCAUGGCCAUCGUGCAGACGCUGCCGGUUUCCAUCGAGGCCACCCCUGAGGCAGCUGCCCAGCUCCGCACUGCCGCCCGCUCACCCCUGCCCACGCACAGCACCAUGGGCAGUGUGGGCAGCCUGAUCUCCAGCCGACCCUGCCACGAUCGCUCCUGCCAGACUGCUGCUGCCGGGGGUCCCUUCCGUGUGCAGGAUGCGCUGCUGCGAGCCAGCCCCCCUGACCCCCUCCUCCACACUUUGCCCCCCAAGAAGCCGUGCUCAGCCACUGCCCAUGCGUACACCAACGAAGUUUUCCAUGGGGAGUGGCUGGAGGCCGCCUCUCCCGUCAGCCCCUGCAGCGACUCAGACGAGGCACGGGAUGAACAAGCCCCAAGUGGUGGCAUCCGGGGGCCGCCCCCCAAGCUUGUCCCCGUCUCCGGCAAGCUCGAGGAGAAUGUGGAGAAGACCCUGAUCCGCCCCAUGGCAUUCAAGCCGGUGGUACCCAAAAUCAGGACUGCUCCGGGGCCGGCCAGCCAGGGGGUACGCCCAGGGGCUGCAGCACUGUCGGAGAGCCAGGUGAGCCUCACCCACCUGCUGGGGACCACCGGGGCCGACAAGCCUGGCUCACUGAGCUGCCGUGCCAGCAGCCACUCAGGCACGCUCUCAGACUCGGGACGCAACUCUCUGUCCAGCCUGCCCACCUACAGCACAGGCUGCAGCCAGCAUACUGAGCCUGGCAACCUCCCAGCCACCCCUCACGGCCAUCCUGAGCCCCCAGGUGGCUACCGCCCACCAGCUGGCCCCUCCAACUCGGAUAGUGGGCGUUCGUCCUCCAGCAAAAGCACGGGCUCGCUGAGUGGCCGAGGCCGGCCCUCUUCCGAGAGCGGCUCCUGUGAGCGCUCGCCACUGCCUGGUGAGGAGGUCCUGCUGGUGCGUGAGCUGGAAGACAAGCUGCGGGAGAGGGAGGCCGAGCUGCAGCAGCUGCGGGACAGCCUGGAUGAGAAUGAGGUGGCCAUCUGCCAGGUGUACGAAGAGAAGCAGCGUCGCUGUGAGCAGGAGCUGGAGGGUUUGCGGCAGCGCUGUGCGGCCCAGGUGCGACAGGCGGCCCAGCAGGCGCAGCGUGGGCAGCAGGUCCUGCAGCUCCAGGUGCUGCAGCUGCAGCAGGAGAAGAAGCAGCUGCAGGAGGACUUUGCUCAGCUGCUGCAGGAGCGGGAGCUGCUGGAGCGCCGCUGCGCAUCCUUCCAGCGGGAACACACCGAGCUGGGGCCACGGCUGGAGGAGACCAAGUGGGAGGUGUGCCAGAAGUCGGGUGAGAUCUCGCUGCUGAAGCAGCAGCUGAAGGAGUCGCAGGCAGAACUGGCGCAGCGUGGUACAGAACUGCUGGUGCUGCGAGCGCAGCUGCGCGAGGCGCGGGCCGAGCUGCAGGCAGGUGAGCAGCAGGCGCGGGGGCUGCAGGAGGCCGCCCGGCUGAAGGCGCUGGAGCUGGAGGUGUGCGCCAAUGAACUGCAGCGACGCAAGAGCGAGGCUGACCUGUUCCGUGCCAAAGCGGGCCGUCUGGAGCAGGAGGUGGCCGGGCUGCGGGAUGCUGCCCGUGGACGCUGCCCUCAGCCCAGCGAAGGCUGCCCCGAGCCCAGCGAGGAGCCGCGGGGCAUGGCGGGGCUGCAGCGGCAGCUGGAGCGGCUGCGGGCAGAGGUGGCCCUGGAGCGGCGGCGUGGGCAGGAGCAGCGGGACGCCUUCGAGCAGGAGCGCAGCACGUGGCAGGGAGAGAAGGAAAGGGUGAUCCGCUACCAGAAGCAGCUGCAGUACAACUACAUCCAGAUGUACCGCCGCAACCGGCGCCUGGAGCAGCGGCUGCAACACCUCCGGCUGCAGGGAGAGGAGCCCCCGACGGAACCCUGUGAGACCCCCGGCCCCAAUCUGCCCUUCGAGGAGAUCACGGCCACCGAGAUCUGAGAUACUGUCUGCCCCGGCCCCUGGGAUUUUGGGAGCUGUGGGGCUGAGAGCGGGAGUUCCUGCUCGCCACUGCUAUGCACUGGGAGGGGGCGUUGGGGACCUCAGGUGCUGCCCCCUCCCCAGCAUUGUGGUGUAGGUUGAGGUCGUGUUGGCUGCACCAUGGCAGGGGGGUGCCCGUGAGCUGCGGGGCCGAGGGGGUGCCAUGUCCCAAAGCUGGUUCCUGCUGAUCCUCUUAGCAGCCAGGGAUUAGCGUGCUGACUUCAGCCAGGGUCACCUUGGGGAGGGUGCGUUGUCGCCUCCCUCACAUCCCUCCCAGCACUGUCACACAGCUGCUUUCCCUAGGGACAGCAUUCCAUGUCCCUGUUCAUGCCAGCCUUCCCCCCCACCUUCCCCAGCGUGUUUGUCAGGGGAUUCGUUUCUGUGCCAUUUUAAAUAACUCUAUUUUUAUAGGACCUACCAAAAAACACCUCCUCCCCCUUUGCGCCCUGCCUGGCCAUGGUCUCCUCACCCCUACCAUGGGCCACAUUGCCCUUAGUGCCUUCCCCGUGCCCUUGUCCCUGUGUGCCCCCCCCAGAAGCCCAGCCGUGCCCCUGUGAUUCCCAGCCUGCUUGGUGCGGGGAGAGGGGCUUGGUGCCAGGAGCCAGCACUGGCCACCAGCAUGGGGACACCAGGGAUGGGGACAGGCUGUGUGCCCGCGGGGUCAAACCAAAGGAAGAGUCUGGCCAUGCCCAGCUCUGGCUUGCUCGCCCCUGGCUGCCGGGGGGGGUUGUAUUUUUGUACUUUUAUUUCUGUUGUGUCCCACUUCCAGAGCCCGGCUUGCCCUCGUACCACCCGGAAACACUGAUUAAAGACAAGCCCCUGGCUGUGUUUUUCA